UGUGCGGGCAAUGAACGAAGACGACAACGCCAACGACGUGACAGGCGAAGGAACAAAAGGCACAACGCACGACACAGUCAACCAACUCGCAUUCCACAUCUCCCUCUAGGCCUCCAUAGAAACAAACCUCAUAUCAACGUACGUUCGUCACAAACGUGCGUCGUUACGUGUAACGAGUCACCAUGCAAAUUGCUAACCAUUGGCCAGCAGCAGCAACCAUAACAGAGAACAACAGUACCAACAACAACUACUGCCAAUAAAUGUGCGGCACAGCGGGCAGCACAAUGAUGAUGAGCAGCAGAGCGGAAAGUGGGGGCGUAAUGGUGAGCGGUGGCACAAGAGCGAGAACCACAUCAAUAUCAUCAGCAACAACAACAACAACAACAACAGCAGCAGCAGCAGCAACAAAAACAGCAACAGCAACGAUAGCAACAACAACAGCAGCAACAACGACAACAUCGGUAACAGCAGCCGCCAACAAACACAAAGCCCCACUUCCGCACAGGAUGCGCACAGGAAGUUAUUUUGGUCGUUUAAAUGUGCGCAUAUAUCUCAUAUAUGUCUGCUGCUAUCUCCUGACAAUGGCCGCGGCAGGCAGCAACAAUGUGGUGAACGGGCUCAAAUGCUACUGCAAUCCAAAGGAAUGCGAUGUCAUACGUGCCCUCGAUUGCCCCGGCAAAGGACUCAUGCUGUGGGACCCAUGCAAAUGUUGUCGCAUAUGCGCGAAGACGUUGGGCGAGUCGUGCGGAGGACCGGGCGGCUUUUCCGGACAAUGUGAGCCGCCACUGCAGUGUGUGACCAAACUGCCCAUAAGUAGCGGCCUGGGCGUGUGCAUGGAUCUUCAGCACCUCACUGCCCUGACAUACAACGAGAAUAGUAACUGCACCGAGGGCGAUACAAUUGUUCUCCAGCCGGGAUGCGAAAUAACCAAUAAACGCUGCCAGUGCUGGCCCACCAUGCGCACCUGUCUCAGUCAAUUGGCCAGUGGUGGGGGGUCACCAAAUGAUUCGCGCUGGCACUUUAAGAAUCUCGAGGACUGCCAAUUAAACUUGGAAAAUCUAAUAAAACUCGAGUUGGAAUUCGAUGAAGACUACAAAAUCUCACCGAGCAAAUUUUCAUACAAAAAGUUGCGCAGAAAGCGAAAAUCGUUAAGAAAACGCAUCAUCAUCUUGGGGGACUGAGUUAAGCGCCAAUAAAAGCAACUCUAUUUCAAAAAGUCUUGUACAGUUAGCAUGCUUAUUUCUAAAAUAUGGCUAUAACAAUACUGAUAAACACAACAUAUAAAAUACAUAUAAAUAUAUAAAGAUAUAUAUAUAAAUAUACAAACAUAAAUAUAAAUAAACCUGUAUGUAUCCUAAGAGAUUUGUUACUUUAUUGUUUUUAGAUGCGCAUACGUAUGUAUAAAUUCGCAAUUUCUAUUUCUAACUACUAUAAUAAAUUGAAACAUUUUAAGAAUGUUGUUGCUUUUAAA